AUGGGCGAUCAGGAGAAAUUUGAUGGAGUUCUUUUGGGUCUUGCAACUCAGAUGGAAGGUGGAGUACCUGAACUUUUCGACGUUCUUUUUAGCUUCCUAUCACGUAAAACGGAUUUCUACACUGGUGCUGGGCUUGAAGAAGCAAAAAAGAUGGUUCUGAAUGCUUUUGAGAAGCAUGGAGCCACUGCAAGAGAAGCCGCAGAAGCUGCGAGAAGGAAACGGGCUGAAGACCAGAAGAAGCUGGAGGAAAGGCGUGCCGCAAAAAAGGCGUCAGAGGAAGCAGAACUGAAUGCGCCAAGAAUUAAAGAGAUCAGCGAAGAAGAAGCUGCUGAAUUUGAAAGAAGAAAAAAGGAAAACAGUUCAGCUGAAAGUCUGUCAGAAAAGAAAGAAGAUAAAGAUGAGGAAGAAGAGGAUGCUGAGGACAAAGGAAAAUUAAAACCAAACUCGGGGAAUGGUUGUGACCUGGAGAAUUAUCAGUGGACUCAAACACUUGGCGAAGUAGAAGUUCGAGUGCCGUUCAAAGUAAACUUCCCACUGAAAACUAGAGACAUUGUCUUUGAAAUCACGAAGGACGCUAUGAAAGUUGGAUUGAAGGGGCACCAGCCAGUUAUUGAUGGAAAACUGCGUAAUCAGAUUAAGCUCGAAACUGCAACGUGGAUUCUCGAGGACAAAAAAACUGUAGUUGUUAGUUUGGAAAAGAUAAACACAAUGGAGUGGUGGAAUAAACUUGUCAUGAGCGAUCCGGAAAUCAAUACUAAGAAGGUCCAGCCAGAAAACUCUAAAUUAUCUGAUCUAGAUGGAGAAACCAGGCAAAUGGUGGAAAAGAUGAUGUACGACCAACGGCAAAAAGAGCUUGGUUUGCCGACUUCAGAUGAGAAGAAGAAACGUGAUAUAUUAAAGAAGUUCAUGGAGCAGCACCCAGAAAUGGAUUUUUCACAAGCGAAGUUUUCAUAA